GAGCACCCCAGUUGCAGUGUAGCCGCGCACUCACCUGCAUAGUUCUUCCUUAAGAUAUCUCUGGUGAACCACUAGCCUUCAAUGGUGAAAAUGGCUUCCUCUAGGGUUUUUCUUUUGUGCGGCCUCCUUCUGGCUGUUCUUGUUCUCAUGGCCGGACAGGUCUCAGCUCGUAAGCUGGUGGCUGAGGAGACUCAAUCACAGGAGAGUGUGAAGGAGGCUAACUACGGCCACGGUGGUCACGGCCAUGGUGGUCAUGGCCAUGGCGGUCAUGGUGGUCACCCUCCAAAAGAAACUAAAGAUGUCUCCACCUCCAAUGGCCACGGAGGUCAUGGCGGUGGCGGUCAUGGCGGUGGCGGUCAUGGCGGUCACCCUCCGGAGGAAACUGAAGAUGUCAAGAACUAG